AUGGUGGGAUCGCAAGGAGAAGAUAUUUAUUUUGUUGAAGAUGGUACAUACAGAAUUGUGGAUCUUGAGUUGAAUUGGGACGAUGCACAGAGCUAUUGUGAAACUAUGGGAGGACGCCUAACUUCAAUUCCAACCGAAGGGGUGGAACGUGUGUUAAUUGAUGCCAAUCACGCAUCUAUCAAAGCAAACACAUGGAUUGGUAUACGUGAUUAUAUAGAAGACGAUAAUAAUCCUCUGUACACCAAUUUUAAUGAGUCUGAACUAACUUACUCAAACUGGAGGCGCGGCCAACCUGACAACGGGAGAGAAAACAACGAAUUCUGUGCUGUUGUGAGCAAUACUGAUUACCAAUGGUUGGACCUAGACUGCUCGCGAGUAAAUAGAUUUAUCUGUGAAAUUUUGGAUGUCACCACUAUUAACCCCGUAACUACGACAUUCACCACUGUUCCUGCAUCUACUGUUGGACCAACCACGAUGGAAAGAAUGACGACUGUAACACCGAGCACACACGAGCCUACGACCGUUCAACACACCACUGUUACCACCAAACAAACAACCGUAAAAACUACACGUGUUCCUACCACUGUGACAACGUCUACUACUGCAACUCCCAGACGCACCACGACACCUUUGACGACAGAAAGAACGACAGAAGCACCUGUAGCAAAUGCAACAAUGUCAUUCCAAACAAAACUUAUCAUCACAUCAAUGGCUUUCAUGGGUCUUAUACCAGGAUCAGCUCUUUGGGGAUACUUUAUAUUCAUAGUAGGCCGUAAAAAAGCUUUUAAUUAUGAAAGGAAGGCUGAAAAGGAUACAGUUGCCAUGGAUGAGACUGUGCGCCAGUGUUCAGUAAAAACCAACCAAACAACUGUUAUUGGCGGAGAACAGUGUGACUCAAUUGAUGAAUCAAAAGAUGGUGGGGAUAUUCUCAAAGCUGGGCGUAAUACUGGUCAACAAUGGGAUAUAGAGACACAAGAUAAUAAUGGUGAUAAUUUAACACGUGUUGAGAUAGAACAAGAAAAACUGAAGGCGAAUGUGGCCGAAGAAGAAAAAGCUGAGAAGAGAGUUAAUGGUGACGCUCCUGCUGUGAUUGAGUUAAAAGAUGGUGUUGAUGAAAAGAAUCCCACAAUUGAACCAUUGGAUAGUCCUGCAAGUGUUAUACCAGAAGGUGGUGGAACUAAUGACCUAAGUGGCGACAAUACUAACCGUAAUGUUACAGAUCAUGACAAUCAGUCUGAACGACAAGAUGUUGUUGGGAAUGCUGAUGGUGAUAAUGAAUUUUCCAGUAAUGAAGAUGGCGGAAGUGGGGAAGUCAAAAAUCUCGACAGUGUCGAUAAAGAAUGUAUCCAAGGUCCAAAAGACCAGGAUGAGACUGUUGAUGAUGUCAACAAGGCUAGUAAUGAUGAACAUUGCGUAAUUGAAGACACAGGGGACGGUGUGAAAUAUGACAAUGUCAGUGACAAUGGUGAUGCGAGUGGAAUUAUGAAAAAGGAUGUUAGCAUUGAAGAUGAAGUUGUUCAAAAAGUCGAAGACAGAGAGGAAGUUCUUGUAAAUGAGAAUGAUAACAAAGAUGGAAUGAAUGGCAGUAUUGGGGGAAAUAAAGAAGAUAAUAUUAAGGGUGAUACUGGUGAAAAUGUAAACAAUAACAACAGAACAGAAGAGGCUGUUGAUGCUGUUAACAAUGAUAGUAAUGAUACAAUUGAAGACACAGGGCUCGGUAUGAAAAAUGACAAUACCAGUAACAAUGGUGAUGUAAUUGAAAUCAUGAAAAAGGAUGUGAGCAUUGAAGAUGAAGUUGUUCAAAAUGUAGAAGACAGAGGUCUUGUAAAUGAGGGUGAUAACAAAGAUGAAAUAAAUUGUUGUACUGGGGAUAAUAACGAAGAUAAUAAUGUUGGUGAAUAUGUCAACAAUAACAACAGAGAUAAAGAUAAUGACAAUGAAUGUGAUAAAAAAGUUAACAUGAGCAAUAAUGGUACCAAUGAAGACAAUACCGGUGAUUCCCAAUACUGCGUCGAUAAAGAUACUAGUCAAGUAGAUUCUGACCAAACCACAAGCAAUAUUUCUGACAAAAAUGUUACUAUUGAAGUAGGUGGCGGUGAUGAUGAUGAUGGGAAUAAGAACAUCAAUGAUGAUGAAACUGUCACAGGUGAUGGUGAGGAAGAAACCAAUAAUGUUCUCCCACAAAAUGAGUUUGUAUGUGAUAAUGAAGAACAUAUGACAACAUCACAGAUAGAAGAAAAUAAUGAUGAAGAGUACAAGAAAGAAAAUCAGACCAUUGUGGAUGAAGGUGAGCAUACAGAGCAAACUGACCUGGGUAAGUAUGAUGGAGACAGAGAUGGAGAUACAAAUGGGAAUGGAGAUGAUAAGAAAGAGCAAGACAAGAAUGCAGAAAAUGAGCAGGCUGAAGGUGAAUCCAGUGAAACUGAAAGCAGCAAAGAUAUGGGUGAUAAUUACAGAUUUGAAUCUGAUGAUAAAAGUGAAACACAAGUGGAUCCUAAAGAACGUGCAGGUUUAGUUGGAAGUGAAAAUAUGAUCACUGUUACUAUGGAAUCGCAAAUUCUUAGCAGGAGGUUAUGCCAGUGGUGUAAGAAGAAACGAGGAAAGUCGAGAUCUGUGGGAAUGGAUGAUCAGUCAGGGAUAUUAGAAAACAGUCAGACAAGUCUAGAAGAAAUCAACCGAGCACGCCAGGGGCAUCGCGUAGUGACACCAUACAUUAACCCGGCCUUCUGGGACCGCAUGGAAUACCAGGACGAAAGGCGGGCAAAUACAGCAAGUUCCGAUAACAGUAUUAGAUCGACGUCUCCACUACAACCGAGUCUACAUGCGCACCGGUUGCGUGGCAACGAGGAGAUGUCUAUUCUGUGUUACAGCGGAAUAGAGACCACGACAGAAACUCGUUUAGAAUCGUACACAGGCUACAUAUGCUGUGAUGGGUGGGAGACCUUUCCUGACUGUGAUAUAGCAAUCUGUGAUCCAUCAUGCCACGUAGUGCAAGGUGUGUGCAUCGAACCGGACGUAUGCGACUGCAUCUCAGGGUGGACUGGUGCCACAUGUACUGAAGAGUGUAGCGAUGAUACUUGGGGUCCUAACUGUGACAGUGCUUGUCUUUGUGAGAACGGCGCCGAAUGCGAUCGUUUCAGCGACCAUAAAAAUUACAGACCAAAGCAAGCUUUUAAAUAUGCAGUUGACAAGAAGGUUUCCGACGAUCAACCUAUCCUAAGAGGCCUGCCACCAAGCUACAGUCCGCCACCUCCCUAUCAAAGUAACGAGUGCGUGUUCAUGAGCAAUGAUACUCUCAGGCCACAGACGGCGUCGACGGAUGACGGUCAACAGAACGAGCUAAUCGACUUGGAGGAGGAGGAAAAUGAAGAGGAGCAGGAAACCAUAGCAGCCUUACCACUGUCACCGGAGACACAAGGACACGUCGAAGAUGAAACACAGAAUUUGAUGGCUUUAUUGGAAGAGAUAGAGGAAGCAACCGCGAAUGAAAAAGAGGCGGAGAAUGAAGCACUGCGCAUGUCCGUUGUUGCGUCAUUGGCUAAUGACGAUCAUUCUAAAUACGCGGCAUUGAACGCUAGUCGUAGAGCUAGUAUGAAAGCGAAAGACGAGAGAAGACGGAGACUGUCGAAGAAUUUGAAAUACGCCAUCAAACUUCGUGAUCGGGGAAAACUAGAAAGGUCAGCGCGAGAUUUCAAGGCAGCGAAGAUUCCUGACCCGGACAAUGACCUUGUGAAAGCUGAGAGAAUUCUGAAAGAAUUCAAAGUGAAAGAUGGCCUUCUCGACGCCAUCUCGAGGCGUGAAUUAGAAGAACUCGAGUGGGCUCUGAGGUGCGUCGAAGAAAAUGGAUUCACAGAGAGCCUCCACCAGGAAGUAACUACAGCAGUACAGAUUGUAUGCACGCUGCGACGACUUGAGAAACUCCGACGCGAAAUCUUGAAUUUGAAGCAGAGUAUCUGGGAAGUACAUAAAUACCCAACACCUAAACCGGAAGUGCAUUCUGUGAUGAAAGCUGUGUUUGUCUUAUUGGGUAAAGACGAAGAAGACGUUAAGAACUGGAAACAAGUUCAAGUGUUGAUGGGUAAACUUGGAAGAAAGAGUCUGAGGUACCUUAUAAUGACCUGUGACAUAGCUACUAUUCCUGCGUGGAGAGCACAGACAGCUAAUAAGAUUCUUGGAAAACUAACAUUGGAUCAAGUGAGAGACGUCAGUGCGGGCGCUACAACAUUCUAUAUCUGGUUGUGUGGAAUGUCCAACGAAGUCGUCAUGCGUGCUAGAGAUUUUACUGCCGAUGAGGGCGAAAGUGAAGAGGCAGCCAAUAUAGCCCAGAAAUACCGAAGACGAUUAAAGAAGAUGAGAGAAACUGGUCUGUAAUAUGAAAAGGAAGAAAAUGAUGUCCCGCUAGAAAUACGCUUUGUUGCUGUACAAAUAUUUGUAUCAUUGAGUGUAUGUUCUAAUUUUUAAACACGAACUUCCUUU